AUGGAUGGCUUAGUUGAGGUGGAAUCACUUACAGUCAUCAACAUCAUCGACAAUGACACCGACUUCCUCUCAACAGCUGCAAGCACCAAGGAUGGCAGUGUGACUUACCAGUCGGAAGUAGCUCAACACGUGGCCCGCGGAGACAAGACCCUCAACUUCCCAGACUUCUGCUGCGCUGCUCAUGGGCUGUCCCUGCUGCUCACGGCUGUCGUGGGGCAGCAGAAGAGGGCCUUACUCCUGGAUGCUGGCCCGUGCCCUCAGCUCUGGAAGGACAAUGCUGCGAAGUUGGGCAUCGAUCUCUCCUCCGUGGACAGCAUCGUACUGUCACACUACCACGCGGACCACUCCGGAGGCCUGUCAGGUGCUGUGCCAGCCAUCGCCGCGGCGCGGCGGGCGGCAGGCAAGGGCCCAGUUCGCGUGGACUUACACAGAAGCCGGCCUGACUCUCGCGCCAUUCAGCUGCCCUCCGGCUCUGUGCUGCCGCUGCAGCCUGAGACGCCCAGCUUUGAGGAUUUGCAGCGCCUGGGAGGUGAGGUCGUGCUCAGUCAAGAGCCCCACAUCCUCUCCGACUGCUUCUUCGUGAGUGGAGAGAUCCCACGCAGGACGAGCUACGAGAAGGGUCUGGUUGGCUCCAAGCGCUUGGAAGAUAAUGACUGGAGGGAUGACUGUGAUGUUGAUGAGGAGCGCUAUGUUGCCGUGAAAGUCCGGGGCAGCGGGGUCGUGGUCUUCUCCUCGUGCUCGCAUGCUGGCAUUGUGAACGUGUGUCGUCAUGCUCUUGAUCUGGCAGGUGUGCCCCUCCUGGCUGCCAUGGGAGGUUUCCAUCUAGGCGGUACAGGGCUUGAGGAGCGCGUGAGUGAUACCGUCCAGGACCUCGUCAAGUUGCAGCCCAAAGCCAUUCUACCGGGGCACUGCACAGGUUGGCGGGCCAAGACGGCGAUGGCGCAAGCAAUGCCUGACCAGUACAUUCCAGCACUUGCAGGCGGCAGGUAUGUCUUUGCUGCUGCCAAACUCUGA